GAUAUCCCAGGGCCCAUGCAUGCGAACCGAUUAUCAUAAUAUGGGAUAUAAACCCUUCAUGCGGUCGUAAGUGAGAACACCUCCCUGACUCUGAACCACAAUGUUCCAGCUGGGAGAACGCCUCGAGAAAGGCGAUGUCGAGGUCGCGGAGAAAUUCGACCCCCUCUCUUACUACGAACACGCUGCCGGUCGUUUGGUAGUCGAUCCUCAACAGGCAAAGGUCGAGUUUGGCGAGGCAUUGGCCUCGACACUUAAAUUGAGUCCCGACGGCUCUACGAUUCUCUGGCCACAACCUGCCGACGAUCCGAAUGACCCACAGAAUUGGAGUGAUCGGCGUAAAGCGCUGCACCUUCUGAUUAUCACGCUGGCAGCUAGCAUACCUGACUUUGACUCAGGAAUUGGAAUUGCUUCGAUCUUUGGAUUGGCACAGACAUAUAAUACAACAACAGGUGUCAUCAACAACCUUACGUCUAAUUGGAGCAUCUUCCUGCUAGGAUGGGGUGGGAUCUUUUGGGUAAUGCUCAUGCGACGAUACGGUCGCCUUCCCGUGCUGUUUUGGACACAGGUUUUGGCGCUUGCCUUCCUUGUCGGAGCUACCUUUUCACCGGACCUGGCUACCUUCACAGCAAUGCGCUGUUUGACAGCAUUUUUUGGGACUUGCCCUCAGGUUACGGGCCUAUAUGUGGUCGCUGACAUAUUUCCAUUUCAUCUACAAGCUCGAAAAUUGAAUAUUUGGACCUUUGGAUUCAUCAUAUCACCAUUCUUAUCGCCAUUCGCUUUUGGCUUCCUUGUGGCGCGUACGAGCUGGCGGUGGGCCUAUGGGAUUGGAUCGCUCUACAGUGCCGUCGUCGUUCUUCUGAUCGGUCUGUUCAUGGAAGAAACGAUGUAUGACCGCCAUCUGGAUCCUGACCCACAACGGGCAUUGCCAGGGCUACAAUAUCGAUUUGAGACCCUGAUUGGAGUCACGGGGUAUAAGAUGGCCAAGUAUCGAUCAAGCUGGCCGGAGGUGGUAUGGGCAUGUUUGAACGUUAUCUGGAGACCGCAGUUUAUCUUGGUUGCGUUUUUUGAGGCCUUAGUUUUCGGAUUCUCAGUUGGGAUCAACGUGACGAAUGUCGUUUUUCUGGGCUCCCCUCCUCCGGUCGGGUUUGGGUUCAGCGAAUUUGCGGUUGCUGGCGCAUACGCGACUCCGAUUUUAGCGGUGAUUCUAGGAGAGUUGGGUGGGCGAUUCCUGAACGACCGGAUUAUGAACCUCACCGUUCGGAAGAAUAAGGGUAUAUUCGAGGCUGAGAGUCGGUUAUGGGCAUGUUAUGCAGCAAUGCCACUGUACAUCUGUGGCUUCUUGACAUUGGGAGCCGGUAUCCAGCAUUUGAAUAUAGCUGCACUUAUCUUAGGGUGGGGGAUAGCAGAAGUGGCGGUCAUGGUGAAUACAGUCGCAGUCUAUGCGUAUUGCAACGAUUGCUUCCCGCGGCAUCAGGGAGAAAUUAGUGCACUGAUCAACCUGGCGCGCACGCUCGGUGGCUUCAGCGUAGCAUACUUUCAAGUCCCAUGGGCGACAAAAUCAGGUGGAAUCGAGACAUUUGGUGUUGAAGCAGCGAUUGUGAUAGGAUUAUUUUUACUUGCCGUGCCAACGGUGCAAUUGAGAGGGAGAUAUUUCCGGGAGCACUUCGCCUUAUAAUGCAAUCUCGCUAUCUCACCACUUGGGGAGGAGAGACUGUAUUCUACCGACGACAUACCUGCGAUGCAGUCAUUUACACCAGCUGUAUUACCUUUGCUACUUACCAUUGAGAGUAUUAGAAGCCCUAGAAACAAUUGCGUGGAAUCCCUACUUGAUCCCACCAGACAUAACAAACCUUGGGGGACAUGAUGCAAUUCUCCAGAAUAAAGAGCAUAUCCACCUCACGACACAA